CUGCCUCCAGCCUGUGUGCGUGGCUGCGGUUAGUAUCACUGUGGCUUGAGUUUGUGUAUAAAGAGCAACUUGUAUUUCUUGUCUCCAUCGAUCAGAUAAGAGACCCAUUAUUAAAAUCGGUCACAGGUGUUGUAAAAUCAGUGUCAGUUUUAUUAUUGCUUGUAUGUGUAUGAAUUAGUGCCAGCAGUAUAUGUUCAUCCGAAGAGUGAUGGUGGGAGACACUUAAGAGAGACUUAACACUAUUUCAGUAACGCUGAUUUUCUGCAGCCUAACAAACUGCACAUGGUACCGAAGUGUAUACUUGACUGAAUGAUGAAAUAACACAAGGGCGAUGGAUGAAUGCCACGAAAAUAUAAGUCUGUCUAUCUAAAACUCCAUCGUUGUGCGCCACCUGGUCGUCGAGGCAACAGGAGGUAGUCGGCUUCGCGGCGGAGAGGCGGAGGCGCCCGGGGCAAGAUGCCAGGACUCAGGGGCAGGCUGCUGGUGGAGGGGUGGGGGGGCACGUGGCAGAGGAUGACCCGGACGAAGCAGGUGGCCACCGACGCCAUGGACACGCCGCUCAACCGCUGCCUCUCCACGCUUGAUAUCACUCUGCUAGGCAUCGGGCACAUGGUGGGCGCCGGCAUCUACGUGCUGACGGGGACGGUGGCCAAGGACACGGCCGGCCCUGGUAUCGUCCUCUCCUUCCUCUUGGCCGGAUUCGCCUCGCUACUCGCCGCCCUCUGCUAUGCCGAGUUCGGGGCGCGGGUCCCCAAGGCGGGCUCGGCCUACGUUUACACCUACGUCACCAUCGGCGAGUUCUGGGCCUUCGUCAUCGGCUGGAACAUCGUCCUGGAGCACAUGAUCGGCGCGGCGUCAGUGGCCCGUGCUUGGUCGGGCUACAUGGACUCGCUGUUCGACGGCGCGCUGAGCAACGCGACGGUGACGUACAUCGGGACGCUGCACGCCGGCCUGCUCGCCCCGUAUCCAGACUUCCUGGCCUUCGCCGUCACGCUCGUCUACUGCGGCUUCCUCACCCUGGGCGUCAAGGGCUCGGCCUACUUCAACUCUAUCUUCACGCUCAUCAACCUGUGUGUCAUGGCCUUCGUCAUCGUCGCCGGCAUAAUGUUCGCGGACAUCGGGAACUGGAACACAGAGAAGGGCUUCCUGCCCUUCGGCGUCUCCGGUGUCGUGGCCGGCGCCGCCACGUGCUUCUACGCCUUCGUCGGCUUCGACAGCAUCGCCACGGCCGGCGAGGAGGCCAAGGACCCGGCUAAGUCUAUCCCGCAAGCGACCCUGGUGUCCAUGAGCGUUGUCACCAUCGGCUACAUCAUGGUGGGCGCCACCCUCACCCUCAUGGUCCCGUACUACACCCUGAAUCCCGCCGCCGCCCUCCCCGACGCCUUCGCCGCCCAUGGCGCCAACUGGGCCAAGUACGUGGUUAGUGUGGGCGCCAUCUGCGGCAUGACCACCACGCUCUUCGGAUCGCUGUUCAGCCUCCCGCGCUGCGUGUACGCCAUGGCCGCCGACGGGUUGCUCUUCUCGUGGCUGGCGCGCGUGUCCGACAAGACCAAGGUCCCCGUGAUCACCCUGAUCCUGUGUGGGUUCCUGUCUGCCCUCAUCGCCCUCGUCUUCGACAUCGAGAAACUGGUCGAGUUCAUGAGCAUCGGAACCCUCAUGGCCUACACCAUCGUCAGCGCCUCCGUUAUUAUCCUGCGGUACCAGCCGAGCUCCAGGUGUAACAUCAAGAGCCCGAGUCACAGCAACACGCAGGCCGCCUCGACACCUGGCACUGUCACCACGCCCACGACACCCACCUCCGUCGAUGACAUUGCUAAGCUGAUUCCUGGGGGGGAUCCUGGCGAAGGCCCCGAAGAACGGAGGCGUUGGGCCGCAAGGAGCUGCUCUUCCGCGUCUGAGCCUGAGAGCGACGGAGAAGGCGGAGAACUGCGGUCCUCCUGUAGGUGGCUCCUGCACUUAGUCGGACGUCAGGAAGCAGGAACCGUGGCUACGUGGGGCGUCGUCAUCUUCACCACCUGCAGCGCCGCCCUCUGCUCGCUCCUGCAGUGGGGAGGAAGCCACCUCGCCCUGCCCUACCCGUCGCCGUGGGCCGUCAUCCUGGCGCUGCUGCUCGUCGCUAUGCAAGUCUUUAGUGUGGUGGUGAUCCUGGCACAUCGUCAGAACAACCUGGUGCUAAGCUUCAGUGUCCCCCUUGUGCCGCUGUUGCCUCUUGUCUCUAUCUUCUUCAAUGUCGCCCUUAUGGUUCACCUCAACCCCAUGACCUGGAUUCGGUUUAUUGUCUGGAUGGUCUUAGGUCUGGUGCUGUAUUUUGCAUACGGGCAGCACCAUUCAAGGGAAGGGGAGCCAGUCAGCAGCUACUCGACCCUCCUGACAGAGCCUGCCCCAGCUGGUAACACAGUCUUUGGCUCUGUCCAGCACACCCUCUCCCACGUCACUGCCAAGAUCGCUUCGGCUGCUUCUGAGGACAAGAAACCCAUUGUGGAUGAGUCACAGAUUGAUGAUGAUGAUCUUUAAAGUGCAUAUGAAGUGAAAAUUGAAUUUGCAUAUUCUUGUCAUAAAUGUUGAAUUAAAGAUAUCUUUCCAUGAAAUUGAAAAUAACCCAAAAAAUUGGAGAAGACUGGAUACAUUGGGUGUCCAAAAAUUAUGUUUUGUGACAAGCCCAAAAAUCUGUGAUGUCUCAAGGUUUGCACCUUCCUAUCUCACUAUGCACAUGACUGUGGCCUUCUCAGAUCCAAUUUAUCAAAGAAGUUCCAAGUCUUAAAAUAUAACAUUUUUAAAAACUUAUAUGUGUCAGAAAGUAAUGACUUCCAAUUAAGGUUACUUCAGUAACACAGAUAGGGAAGAAACCAUUACUAUGUCUCAUGAUUCAAAUAUUGUUGGCAGCAUUGCGAUUUUCUUUUUAAAACUUCUUGUCUGUGGCAUUCAGGGAAGUUGUAAACUUCUUACAUUUCAUAGGUUUGAAAGUCACUGUUAUCUGACUGAAAACUCCUACUUCCUGUUGUAGCACUUCAUGCAUCCUGAAAAACUGUCCUAGGAGGUGGUAUGCAAACUUUGUGAUGUCAUAGUGAGUGCCCACACUGUCCCAUGAAUAUUUUCAAUGUGAAAUUUUCAAUACUGAUUAUUAAUUAUUUACCAGUGUUGAUUUUGCAAUAACACAUAUAAUUAAUGUAUAUGUUUUCUGAAAGAAAAAGAAACUGAAAUGUAAAAGUUGAAUUUCAUUUCAAAGGCACUUUAAGAAGGAGACACAUCUUUGCUGCUGUAAGGCUGUUCUUGCUGUCUGGGAGAACUGCUACCCUUUUACAUAAUUGAAUCUUGUAAUAAUAACCUUGACUGAUUUAUUGAGUACUAGCACAACAUACAGUAUGUACAGAUUUUAUUAGAAAUCAUUACAAAUAGAAUUGGUAUUACCCUUUAUGCAAACUGAUUAAUUUAAAUUGUUUUUCAAUUCACUGUAGAAUAACAUUUCUUGGAAUUGCUAUUUGUGUAUGAAUGGAUGGCUUUACAAAACUUUAUUAUACUCUUUUAGAAAGAGCUGUAUUUUUUGUGUUUAAAUCUGUGUUUUAAUAACUUAAACUGGAUUUCAUGCUGUUUUUAAUGAUUUAUUUAUUUUGUUUUUUAGAAAAAUGCCAAAUGUAGUCAAAGUUUAGAGACAUACAAGGAAUUACUAUUUUUCUACUCUAGUUGAUCAUGAUAAAGUUUGAUGAAUGAAGUUAAAAUUAGCAACCAGUUAAAUAUCACAUCACAUUGGUUUAGUACAAAUAUAAACAAAUUGAGAAAUUCAGUUGGGGAUUAAAGGCCAAAAUAAUAUCUAAACAGUAGAUGUCUACAGAGAUGUUUUUAGUAUGUAAUAAUUUUGGGUAUACUGGUGAAUUUUUAUGAUGAUGUAGAAAUCACAUUUGGGUUUUUACACGCUACUCCUCUGAUCACUAUUAAGAAACCCAGACAAGUUGAUGAAGCAAAGAGAUACAUUUAACCCACUUUCACGACUGAGAUUUUUGUACCCCUCUUUCUCAGGUAGAGUAAGCUAAGAAUUUCUUAAAAGGUAGCUCCAGACUUUAGCAUAAGGCUUAUGAGCUUUUCAAGUUCCUCCUAAAUGACUUUGAUUGAAUAUGUAUUCCUUGUAAGAUGGAAGAUAGUUCUUUUUUUUUUUUUCUAUCAUCAUUGAAAAUUUUAUUUCAGUUCAUGAAUUCAUAACCAUUAAUAGCAAAUAUUGUUCUGAGAUGUGCUUUGCAAAUUAUUAUUCUGUGGAUAUGUUUUUGCAUAUUUCCCUUAAGUUCUAAUCUCUUUCAGGCCAUAAUACUGUAUGGAUAAUCCUUAGUGUGAGCAAAAGAUGUUGCUUUAAUUGUCGUUAUGCCUGUGUAAAAGAAAACAUAAUAAUUAUGUGUCUGUGUGCAAAUAUUACUAAUAAUGAUUAUUGGAAUAGCCUUGGCAUGACCCCCAAUCAAUUUUAAAAGUUUAUUUUAACAUAUACCCUGCACUAUACCUUAAUAUUAUGCAUCAUGUUCACCACGCAAGUCACUUUGUACAAUACAUGCACACUUUUCCUUCAUUGUUCAACUGUACUUUUGUUAAGCACAUCCUUAUUAGUAAAUUUUCUUAUAGAUAGACAGCAUUUUCAAGGUGCAUUGGAAUAGCAAAAAUGUGUGAUAUGAAAGGGAGGGGCUUGAAUAAUUAAUGGAUCAGUGUAAUAAAUACUAUUUAUUUUAAACGUUAUAUGAUAAUAUUUUAGAUAGAUAAAGCUAUAAAGAGCUACAUAAAGAGAGCACUAAUGUAAUCUGUAUAUAGAAAGUGGAAUCUCACUAUAUUAUAUUGUUAGAAUAUUAAAGUAAUCUUGUAUGAUAAGAUCAUAAUGAUAUCGAAGGGUUAUUUAAAGCCCUUUUUGUUUUGAUAACGUCUUUCACAAAGACUUUAUUCGCAGAUGUAUGUAACUAUCAUUUCCCCUGAAUCAAUAAUGACAGAAUUCCAAGAAUUUUGUUUGAAAGGAAUUAAAAAGUCUUAAUAUUGUAUCCAGUCUUUAACAUUACAUUGGAUACUAAAGCAACUAAUGAGUUAGGUACAGCAGAUGCCUUUCCAUUGAUAAGCACUAUUGUGAUCAAGGUAGCUUGAAACAGGUAACUCCACCCCAUCUUGAUGAAAAUCCUAGAUGGCAACUUCCAAGCUAAGCCCUGCCUCUUUGCAAACAUUAAAUAACUUUUUUCUUUCUUGCUUUAGUUUUCAUUUACUUUUCAGUCAGUAUCAUUACUGAACCAUUUUCAAAGAAAAUCCAGUGAAUAUACUUACCAUGAAAUAUCACACAGCUUGAACAGGUCAAAUAAAGGGCAAAGUAAAUGACAACAUCAUGUUUAGCCAAUGAGAGUUUACUGUGAGGCAUCAGAUAUGGCUAGAUACAUAAUAUAUUUGUACAAUUUAGUCAGUAUCAAUAUAAAUACCAGAAGUAAAACAAAAAUUCCCCUCCUUUAUUUAUGAUAAUGAAGAGUUCCUUGCCAUUAAUAGCCAUCAGAGUACUCUUGGAGAGAAGUCAAUUUCAUUUUGGAUGUGGAGCUACCUGGUUGUAUGUACAAUGAUUAUGAUAAUUUGAUAUAAAAAGUAAAUAUUAUUGAUUUUGGUUAAGUUUCGAAAUCCUUUUGGGUCAAUAUAAUAUUCAGUUUGAAUGAAUGAUAUUGUAUUUUUAUAUUAUGUAUGGUAUGAUAUUUUUAUGGUUUAUAUUAAGCUUUAAACAAUUAAUUUGUGAUACAUAAUGUUAAUCUUGGGAAUAUGUUCUCCCAUAAACUAUAGCAAAGAAUGGGCUAUUUUAUGGCAGUAUCAUAUGCAGUAUUAAUGAUAUCUUAAAUGUGCAUGUAAAAAUAUCUUGACUCCAACAUGCAAUUAUAAUUAAUAUAGGAAGUCUAUAACAAAAUGUUACAUAAUAAUCAAACAUGUAAACUAAUAUCCACGUCUCCUAAUCUGUAAAUUAGGAUCUCUAAAAUCUAGUAGUGCAUGAAUGUUAAAGCAAGUAUCAAUCAAAUUUAAAUACUCAAACAAGAGCAGUGAACUUGGGUAUCUAGACACAGGUGUAAGCACAGUCAUCUAUGUUUUUCAGGCUGAUUGCUAUUUACUGGAUUUGUUUACUGUUACUGCAGUCUAAAUUGAGG